AUGGCUCAUUUUUUCUUUCACAAAUUGCUCACAUACUUGUCAUCUGAUGAUGAGUUGGAUGAUGUUCUUAAUGCUGAGGCCGAUGGAGAGUCAUCGAGACAUCGUGGCAAUCGUCAACGUUAUAAGUUUAUUCAGCGUGAUCAUAUUCAAGGGCACGAGCACCCUUUCCGCGACUAUUUCGCAAAAAAUCCAAUAACCACAACACUUAGAAUGCUGGCGUAUGGGGUUACAGGAGACUUUAUGGAUGAAUACAUACGUAUUGGAGAAAGCAUCGCAAUGGAGAGCCUCAAAAAGUUUCGCAAGACAAUCGUAACUGUUUUUUCAGAUGAAUAUUUGCGAUCUCCAAAUGCCAACGAUAUUGCUCAAUUGCUUACAGUCGGUGAACAACGGGGAUUCCCAGGAAUGCUAGGAAGCAUUGAUUACAUUAUGCCCAGUUCACAUAACGAUACUAAUGUGCUAGAGAGAUCUUUUAUUUUCAUGGAACUUGCCCACAGGCGUGUUCCUCCAGUCAAUUACACAUUCAAUGGCAAUGACUACACAAUGGCAUACUACCUUGCCGAUGGUAUUUAUCCCAAGUGGUCAACGUUUGUGAAGACGAUUCCAUCAUCCCAUGGGAAUAAGAAGAAAAACUUUGCCGCAACGCCAGAAUCCGCAAGAAAAUAUGUCGAGUGUGCUUUCGGGGUACUUCAACAACGAUUUGUAAUCGUUCGUGGACCUUCCCGAUUUUUCAAAGUCAAUGAGCUUACAAAUAUAAUGAAAACAUGUGUUAUUCUACAUAACAUGAUCAUUGAAGACGAGUGUGAUGAUAGUCAGGGUCCGAACAUGGAAUAUGAUCAAGUUGAUGAUGAUAUCCCAAAACUGUUGCUCAAUCCAACAAACGAAUUCACCAACUUCAUUCAAUGCCAACAUGAAAUUAGAGACAGCUCGGCACAUCAUCAACUACAAGCAGAUUUAAUUGAAUAUCAAUGA